GUUGGCUCAUUCACUACACAUAGCUGAGCUCAACAGCAUGGUCACUGACUGAGUCAUAAGAGACACCCGCAGGAAGGAGCCAAGAGGAAAUCAGGUAGCUUGUGACUAAUCCCACCGUAAACUGAGGCCGACUGUGAGUAUAUAAACCUUUUCACACUCCGUCUGCACUAUGUGCUGCAUCUCACAAGGCUGGUCAGGACACUCGACAUGACAACAGAAACAGUCAGAAAUGUGGUCCCCAUGCCACUUGAGGAGCACGUGCGGUGUUGCAUCUGUCUGGACAUCUACACCGACCCCGUCACCAUCCCGUGUGGACACAACUUCUGCCUGGACUGUAUCAAAGGCUUCUGGGAUACCAAAGACAAGUGGGAGUGUCCGCUGUGCAAAGAGGCUUUCAGGUGUCGCCCAGAACUUAGAAUCAACCCAGGGUUUGCUGAUAUAAUUGAAUUCUUUAAAAGGUCUCUGUUGCCCACACCAAAAGAAGAGGAGGAUGUUUCCUCAGACCAACUCUCCAAGACAGAGGAAGCUCUCUGUGACGUCUGCCUAGAGAACAAGUCAUCAUCGGUCAAGUCGUGUCUCUUCUGCCAGGCGUCUUACUGUGAAAUUCACCUUGCACCCCACCUGACGGACCCAACGCUGCAGAAACACUGGCUGACAGAUCCAGCCACCAGUCAACUCUGCAGAAAGCACAAUGAGCCGCUGACAAUGUUCUGCAAAAAUGACCACACACCUGUAUGUGUGAAAUGUACUGAGAAGGAACACAAACAGCACCGAGUUGUCCCAGUGGCGAAGGAGAGCAACAGGAUCAAGACUAAUGUGAGGGAGACUAAAAGUGACAUGCAACAGAUGAUCCAGGACAGACUGAGAAAAAUUGAGGAGAUCAAAAAUUCAGUGGAUCUAAGCAAAAAAAUCACAGAGAAAGAGAUUCAGAGCAGUUCUCAGGUCUGCACCCUGCUGAUAACCACCAUCCAGACACACCAGGCCGGGCUCCUCCAGGAGCUAAAGGAGAGGCAGGAAGAAGCUGAGAGGAGAGCUGAUGAGCUGCUCGACAAGCUCCAGCAGGAAAUCAGUGAGCUGCAGAUGAGGAGCAGCAAGCUACAGGAUCUGGAGCUCACUCAGAACCCUCUUCAUGUCCUGCAGAAUUUCCUGUCUCUGGGUAAACUCUCAUCCAUGAGAGAGUGGUCUAAGAUCACAGUGCACUCAGAUAACUGCAUGGAAACAGUGAGGAAAUACAUCUCUAAGCUGGUGGACAUCUGUCAGGGAAUUGAAAAGAAAUUCUCUGCAGAAGUGGUAGACAAGAUGAAUCAAUAUGCAGUAAGUGUGACCCUGGAUCCUGAGACUGCAUCAGUUUGGCUGAUCCUGUCUCCAGACAGAAAGAAGGUGAGCCUCAGCUCCCAGAAGAAGACCCCACUCCCAGAUACCCCUCAGAGAUUCGACUCCUGCGUCUGUGUUUUGGGGAAACAAAGCUUCACAUUUGGAAGAAGCUACUGGGUGGUUCAUGUUGGGGAUAAAUCAGACUGGGAUCUUGGCGUGGCCAGGGAGUCCAUCAACAGAAAGGGGGCCAUCACAGUUCGUCCUGACAGCGGUUACUGGGUGAUUUGCAGGCGUAAAGGUAGCAGUCUGUCUGCCUGCACCAGCCCCUCCAUCCCCCUCCACCUCCAGGAAACCCCCCAGAAAGUUGGCAUAUUCCUGGACUAUGAGGGAGGAUUGGUGUCCUUUUAUGAUGUAGAAGCAAAGACUCACAUCUAUACUUACAGCGGGUGUACCUUCACUGAGCCGCUCUACCCAUACUUUAAUCCCUGUGUUCAAGACAAUGGGAAGAACACCGCCCCGCUGGUGAUCUGUCCUCUGGAGGGAAGAAUCAGGGAAGGACAGGACAUAACUACUGAGUUGGCUACAUGAUAUGUCAUGAGAAAGAAUGUUAAAAACUCACAUUUUUGUUCUUAUUCAAGAACAUUUUUGUUACUUCAUUUGGUUUAAACAAAUGCAUUGAACUAUAGUAGUAUUUGACCUGUGACAGGCUGAACUCCAUGAGCUCAUGUUUGU